AUUCACCUCGAACGACCUCGCUCAAAGAUGGCGUCGAUUUUGGGUACUUGUCUGAGGAGAUUUUCUCCAAAUGCAACCCUAAGAUUGGUCCAAUCGCCGGUUUUAGGACGUUCUCCUGCCAUCUGCAGUGUACGAGGUGCUAAACAAUGGCAACCAGAUCCAGAAUAUAUGGAGCAGUAUGCUAAAGCAGUGAUGUAUCCAGAUGAGCAGACAUCUAAGUGGUUGGCACCACCGUGGGAUGAUAAUGAUCCACCAGCAGAGAAAGAUGUAUCUAACUUGCAAAUUAAUUUUGGACCACAGCAUCCUGCUGCUCAUGGUGUGCUACGUUUAGUGAUGGAACUCAGUGGUGAGAGUGUCGUUCGAUGUGAUCCCCACGUUGGCCUGCUACACCGUGGUACAGAAAAGUUAAUUGAAUACAAGACUUACACUCAAGCAUUGCCAUAUUUUGACAGACUGGAUUAUGUGUCCAUGAUGUGUAAUGAACAAUGUUUCACCCUCGCCACAGAAAGGCUAUUAAAUAUUGAAGCACCAAUCAGAGCGAAGUACAUAAGAGUGUUAUUUGCUGAACAGACAAGAAUCCUAAAUCAUAUUAUGGGCCUCUGUACUCAUGCUCUAGAUGUCGGUGCUAUGACUCCAUUCUUCUGGUUAUUUGAAGAAAGAGAAAAAAUGUUGACUGCUAAUAGAAUAUGGAAGCUUAGAACAGUAGAUGUUGGUGUAAUCACAGCUGAAGAAGCUAUCAAUUAUGGAUUCAGUGGUGUAAUGCUUAGAGGAUCUGGUAUUAAAUGGGAUAUUCGUAAAGCAGCACCAUAUGAGGUCUAUGAUAGAAUGGACUUUGAUGUUCCUAUUGGCUCCAAUGGAGACUGCUAUGACAGGUAUUUGUGUCGUGUGGAAGAAAUGAGACAAAGUUUGCGAAUAAUUCUCCAGUGUUUGAAUGAAAUGCCAGAAGGUGAAAUCAAAAUAGAUGACAACAAAAUAACACCACCAUCAAGAGCUGAAAUGAAGGACUCCAUGGAAUCAUUGAUUCAUCAUUUCAAGCUGUUCACAGAAGGUUAUCAAGUGCCACCAGGAUCUACAUAUACAGCAAUUGAAGCACCUAAGGGUGAAUUUGGGGUGUACUUAGUGUCUGAUGGGAGUAGUAGACCAUAUCGAUGUAAGAUCAAAGCUCCAGGUUUUGCUCAUCUUGCUGGGUUAGACAGGCUUGCUAAAGGACACAUGUUAGCUGAUGUAGUGGCUAUUAUAGGUACCAUGGAUGUUGUGUUUGGUGAAAUCGAUCGAUAAUUUGCUGCAAAGGAUGAUGCUGUGCAACUGUUUAUUGUUAAACUGGAGUUAUUUUUUUUUUGUAAAUAGAUUAAACCAUUUAAGAGGGCAAAUGAUUAGAUUUUCUCAGUUUUUGCUUCUGUACAUGUGUAGAUGCAUUUAUUAGCAUGGAAGGGUGUAUUUAGGAUUCUAUAGCUCACACUUCUAUAGCCACCACCAACCUUACUGUUAAUAAAAUCUAAUAUGUAAUCCUCACUUUGCACUGUAACCAUUCAACAUCUGAAGUCUGUACAUUUUAAGCAUUUUUAUAUAUUUACCGAUACAAAGUAAAUUACAUCAACAUAACAUCACAGCCCUUGAUACAUCAAGAGUGAGUGAUAGGUUCAAAAGCUGCCAACUUGAACACCGCUAUGGUUCAUAUAGAAAAUGAAUGUUGGUUAAUGCCAUCUUGCACAUUCAUAUCUGUUUUUUUAUAAUCCAUGGUGAUGUUUGAGUGGACAGCCAAUAAGCAAAUCCAGAGCCUAUCUGAUUCUGACAAUUAAUUCAGUUGAGCAGAAUUUGAGAUUUUAUGUCAUUUUCUUCACACUCUCCUUAUGGGUUCAUUGUUAAAAUUGAUGUCAGCAGAGUUUUGAGACUGACAGUUCAUUGGUCCAUUGCGGUGAAUGCGUACAUUGUUGAUAUGAAUCCUAACAUGUUUCAAAAUUUACAUAAUAUCAUUCAAUUUAAGUUUUCAACAAGAUACGUUUCCAAAUAUAUUGAAUGCUCGUAAUCGAUACAAAUGUAGAUGUAGAACUGGAAAUUGGUUUGAAAUUUUGUUACAUAUCCAGCUUUUGGAUAUCCCCCACCACAUGUUACUUGAAGAAACAAACUUUGCAGAAUAAUGGAUGCAAGACUACUGUGCUGAGUGUUUUGACUGCUGUGUAAUGACGAGAAACACAAAUAAAGAUUUAAUUUAGAAUGA